UAAAGAAGUUGCAGACCAGCUUUACGUCACCGCCAUGGCCUGAGAUACAUAUAAGAAGGAAAAGAUACAGUGGUCCGGUCCCCGGAAGUGGCGCCUUUGAACAGGGUUCUGGACGUCUGACACAUUGUUACAGACAAUGGCUGAGGAGAUUCUCGCUACACUGAAGAUCCUUUUGAUCGGGGAGAGCGGAGUGGGCAAGUCGAGCCUUCUACUAAGGUUCACUGAUGGCACAUUUGACUCUGAAAUUGGCUCUACUAUUGGGGUUGACUUCAAAGUGAAAGCAAUGAGAUUUGACGGAAACAAUGUAAAGCUUGCGAUCUGGGACACAGCUGGACAGGAGCGGUUUCGGACAUUAACGCCCAGCUACUACAGAGGUGCUCAAGGUGUUAUUUUAGUGUAUGAUGUCACAAGAAGGGAAACCUUUGUAAGGCUUGAGAACUGGCUGAAUGAAUUGGAUACCUACAGCACAAAACAUGGCAUCGUAAAGAUGUUGGUUGGGAAUAAAAUUGACAAGGUAAAGCAUGAAGUUGAACGGAAUGAAGGACUGAGAUUUGCCAGAAAGCAUUCAAUGCUUUUUAUAGAGGCCAGUGCUAAAACCUGCGAUGGAGUCGAGUGUGCGUUUGAGGAAGUGGUAGAAAAAAUAAUCCAAACACCUGGACUCUGGGAAGCCGAGAAUGUUAAAGCUGUGAAAUUAUCAUCAGACUUUGCAUCCAAUCAGGAUGGAGCAUGUGGUGGCUACUGUUCCAUAUUAUAAAAGAAUUUGAAAUGACCCAUGUCUUAGUGCUGUUACUGUCAACAGUAUUUCAAGCAUUAUUUCAGUUCUGCCUGUAAGCACAAAGCUGCUCUCAGCUUGGAUCUUGAACACUGAGGAGACAAGUACUCUGCCUUAACGAAUCCAUUCAUGUUUUUGUUACAAAUAUAAUCUCCCUCUGAGACUUUUUGGAUUGUCCAACUUUAAUUUGGUUUUCUGGCCUUAAAAUCAAUGUGACAUUCUAACUAAUUUUUGAAGGUUUCAGGAAUGUAUUUUGUUUUGAUCUACAAACAGUGCAAAAAUGGAAGGCUAUGAUAAUUGUCUCAAAGUGGGAAUCAACAUCAUAAGUUGCUGAAAUUUAACACAUUUCCAUUACUUUAUAUCCUCACGAUGCUUCACUUGGGACCAGAAAAAAACGAUUGUGUGUAGUUUCAUCUGUGUCUGCUGCCUCUUUGAGCCUGAUGUGAGGAGGCUCUUAAUUAUUUGAUCUCCUGACUUUUUCUUGUUGCAUGACAAGAGAGAGAUUAGGGUUUUGAUAAGUAAGGAACUUAUGAUUUGAACAAAUCAUGAUUAGAAUCUAAUCUUGGGACCUCGACAUUUUGACAUAUCCCUCUGCCCGUCUACUUAAACACUGCAAGGGUACCUUGCUCUAAAGUUGUGAUCUUGUGCAAUAAUGUUUUUUUGGAAUUGAUGCAGAUUACUUUAUUGUAUAAUCACUUAUUACUAAGGCUAAUUAAUAAUUAUCAUAGACUAUUACUCUUAUAAGGGCUGUGUUGAAGACUUGGCUUAUUUGUAAGUAAUGCUGCAUGUUGUGAGCUUCAUUUUGUGCAUGGUCUUAGUGAUUUUUGCAUUAGUUUGUUUGCAGUAUUUUAAUUGAAAGCACGCUCAGAUAGUGUGAAAGUAGCACUAGCCUAAUUAACAAACUGCUCCUAAUGAUGACAACUCUACUAUGAGUGGUUCAUAACCACUCCUGAAAUUCUCAGUACUUUUCAAGACUAGUUUUAUUUGUAUUUUAAACUGUUUGCACAAUUUAUAUAUGAAGUGUAAUCUAUUUAUUAUGUUUUUCCAAAUGAUCUACCACUUGUUGGAUUUAUGUGAGGUAACAGUAUUUACAAACUUUUCUAGAAUGGGAAUUGUUGGUUGUCCUAUGAAACUUUCCAAUGUAAGUGUUAAUAAAUAGCAACUUAACUGUAAUUUUUAAUGCUGCCUCUUGUGUCUUUUAUGUUAUAAUAAAUUGUUUUCUCAAAAUUAAGUAAUAAAAUGGGUUUUGUUC